AUCCAUCACAAAGCCAAGGAACUGAAGCAUUGGUGUCCUUUCCUAGGACGCCAGCCAGAGGCGGCUGAGAGUCUCAAAGCCACAGAUCGAUAGAUGCCGGCAGCGAUGGCUUCUGGUCCCAAGCUGAUGAGAACGGUGGCUCUUGGUGUUCUAUGCUCGGCGGUGCUGCUGCUCGCGGGCGGCGCGAGCGCCGCCGGCAAUUUCUACCAGGACGUGGACAUCACCUGGGGCGACGGCCGCGGCAAGAUCCUCGACGGCGGCCAGCUCCUGACGCUGUCCAUGGACAGGUCCUCCGGCUCCGGGUUCCAGUCCAAGAACCAGUACCUCUACGGCCGCUUCGACAUGCAACUCAAGCUCGUCCCCGGCGACUCCGCCGGCACCGUCACCACCUUCUACCUGUCGUCGCAGGGGUCGCAGCACGACGAGAUCGACUUCGAGUUCCUGGGGAACGCGAGCGGGGAACCCUACACGGUGCACACCAACGUGUACAGCCAGGGGAAGGGUGGCCGGGAGCAGCAGUUCCGUAUGUGGUUCGAUCCCACCAAGGACUUCCACACCUACUCCGUGGUGUGGAACCCGAGCCACAUCGUCUUCUACGUCGACGGCACGCCCAUCCGCGACUUCCGCAACCUUGCGGCGUCCGCCGCGGGGGUGCCGUUCCCGACGAGCCAGCCGAUGCGGGUGUACGCGAGCGUGUGGGACGCGGAGGAGUGGGCGACGCAGGGCGGGCGCGUCAGGACGGACUGGUCCAAGGCGCCGUUCGUGGCGUCGUACAGGGGGCUCGCCGCGGCCGGGUGCGCGGGGAGCGACGCCGCGGCGUGCGCGAGGGCCGGCGGCGCCUGGAUGUUCCAGGAGCUCGACGCCGCCGGGCAGGAGGAGCUCCGGCGGGCGCGGGCCAGCUACAUGAUCUACGACUACUGCACCGACAAGUACAGGUUCCGGCAGGGCCCGCCGCCGGAGUGCGCCGCCGCCAAGUAGAACAAUUCGUGUGGGUUUGGAUGGAUAGAGUACACAAAUCUGUCAUCGAUUGGAUGGAUAUACGUCACUGAUACGGUAUGAGUUUGGCGCGUCUACGUAGACGCCGGCACGCCGCCGUGCCAUGUAUAUGUACGUGCAGUAUAGUCGUCUGAUGUGAAGAAAGCUUGAGCAUGUCACGCCAAUGACUUCUUUGGUAGAC